UAUAUUAGUGCCAUACAAGAUAAUCCGCCAUUGCUAAUUGAAGUUGCAAAUUACGCAUUCUACUUCUCAGCUACAAGUACAAUCAUGAUGAAGUUCGUGCUGGCGUUUUUCAUUUUAAGUUUAAUUCCGAAACAACCCGGAAAUUGUAUGAUAAAUAUUCCAAUUAAUGUCAACGUAUUGACCUCUGGUAUUAAUUUACCUCAAACAUUGUCUACUGUGUUGGAAGAAUUCGGUCCCAAUGCAAGGGUUGGGUUAUUGAAUUGUCUGAAUUCGACCAUUUUCCCUACACUCGAAUGUAAGAAUGAGACAAACAGCGGAAGUGACUGGCCUUCAAUUCUUAAACUCAUCCCGUGCGUGUUAAAGAAAAUUUGUUUCGCUAAUGAUUCUGCUAGCGCAACCAGAGUGAUAAGAUGUAUUACAGGAGUAGUUGGAUAUACAGGAGAAAAUGUGAUAGGUGUUGUUGGCAACCUGACAGAUGAUGUUCUCGAGAAAUAUUUAGAUAACAUAUACGGAUGUGUUUUUGGUAUUUACACCAAUAUCCGUAAUGGAGUUACCAAUUGCAAUUUUUUCGAUGGCAUUCAAGAGUUAAAUGUUACUGCUAUUGAAGAAAAUCUAAAAAAUAAUCUUCUGUCCGAUACCACGAGCAAUUUGGAAAAGUUCUUCAAAAUUCUUUUUGGAAACAUGGAUGAAAAAUGUACCCUUUCCGGUUAAUACGUCAUGAAUUAUUCUUGAUGUAAAUUUACGAUAAAGUAAUAAAAUAUUAAUUCAAUUGUAAUGCAUACAAA